AUGGGUAAAAAAAGAACAAUUACGCCGUCAUCAUCAUCAUCAAAAAAUAUUAAAGUUGAAGUAAAAGACGAAAUCAAUGACAAUGAAGUUGUGGUAGCUCGUGAUCGUCUUAAAGGAGCUUUAAGGGAAUUACUACGUAACAGCGAUGAAGGAUCUUCUGGUGAUUCUGAUAAUGAAAGAGAUGUGCCGGAAUAUAAACCAACUCCUAUUAAAAAAACACGACAAACUCCAAUGCGCAAAUUAAAAAAAAAGAAGCCUCUAGCAGCGGACCAGUCAUUCCAUCACACAUAUGUGAUGAAACUCUUCGACAGAAGUGUCGACCUGGCGAAAUUCCGUGAAGACACUCCUCUGUACCCGAUCUGUCGUGCUUGGCUGGCUAAUCAGCCAAGGAACCCAAAUUUGGUUCCAAAGGAAAGGACUCCCAGUCCGGAGAUUGUCGAGGAAGUGCACAAAGACACUAGCUUUGAAGACUCCAAUGGAGAAUUGAAAGAUGUGUUGAACUUGCCGCCACCUAAACCCGCUGAAGAAGCUUUUCCAAGGAACCGCAUUCCUUCUCCAGUUCGCCAGCCGAAGGAUAAGCUUGAUCUUAAUUAUAUAGUAGCUAGUAUAAUCCAGAUAACAAUGAGCGUAAUCCAGAUUACAAUGAGUAUAAUCCAGAUAUUAUCCAGUAUAAUCUGGAUUAUACUAGCUACCAUCUGA